AUGGCGCCUGGCGGAAGGAUGAAAGAGAAGGGCGGGAACCAUCCGGGAAACUCGGAGGCGACGGCUGUGACGUUGAAAGAAAACCGACCAAUUCAGAGACGCGUCACAGUUCGGGACAACCCAGGACGCGGUGGCUGUGACGAAUUUUUCUGUUUCUCUUCUCUAGGUAUUCGAUUCAGUUCUGCAAUUCCCAGUUCCACACCUUCUGUUGAGGAUGAACUGGAUACAACAGAAAAUGAAAUUGUUGCUCCUGAUUUUACUAAUCGGAAUCCUCGUAACUUGCAGCAGUUGGCUCUAGCAAGGAAAGAGAGAGGCUGGAAAACAACGUGGCCAACACAAGAGUAUUGGCAUAGGUUGAGACUUGAACAAACACAGAAUCACGUGGAGGCCUAUGUUGAGCAUUGCAGCGGUCAAAUUGUAGUUUCUGCUUCCACCCAAGAGUGGGCCAUCAAGAAGUACCUUCAUCGUACAACAGGCGUGACAGCAUGUGUGAACGUCGGGCAAGUGCUAGCUCAACGUUGUCUUGAAGCAGGAAUCAACUUUGUGGACUUCCGAGCUGUAAUUCCAUGGUCAAAACGUUGCGAUACGAUCCGGAGCUUCCGAAAUGCUAUGAGCGAAGGUGGCGUUGUACUGAAAGAGCUGCGAAGAAUUUAUGAAUAAGUUUGAAAUUUGGGAGAAUGGGCUGAGAAACAGACUAU